AUGCCUGCCACUGACCGUGCCGCUUUCCAGGAGGUCUUCCCCUCCUUGGCCGAAGAUAUCCUGGCCUAUGCGAAGGAGUCAAACUUGCCCGAAAAUGCCCUCCAGUGGUUUGAGAAGGCCCUCAAUGUUAACGUUCCCGGUGGAAAGCUGAACCGCGGUCUUUCCUGCCCCGACACCGGUCUCGCUCUUCUGGAGAAGCCCCUGACCGAGGAGCAGUUCAAGCACCUCAGCAUUCUGGGAUGGCUCACCGAGCUUCUCCAGGCUUUCUUCCUGGUCAGCGAUGACAUUAUGGACAGCUCGAUCACCCGUCGUGGUCAGCCAUGCUGGUACCGUCAGGAGGGUGUCGGUCUGAUCGCCAUUAACGAUGCCUUCCUGCUCGAAUCUUCCAUUUAUGUCAUUCUCAAGAAGCACUUCCGCUCGCACCCCGCCUACGCCGACUUCAUCGAUCUCUUCCACGAGACUACUUGGCAGACUGAGCUAGGUCAGCUCUGUGACCUGAUUACCGCCCCCGAGGACAAGGUCGACCUCAACAACUUCUCCAUGGAGAAGUAUAUGUUCAUCGUCACCUACAAGACCGCCUACUACAGCUUCUACCUGCCUGUCGCCCUGGCUCUGCUCUACCUUCAGCGUGCCACGCCCAGCAACCUCCGCCAGGCCCACGACAUCCUCAUCCCUCUGGGCCAGUACUUCCAGGUUCAGGAUGACUACCUCGAUGCCUACGGCGAUCCUGAAGUCAUUGGUAAGAUCGGUACCGAUAUCAAGGACAACAAGUGCUCUUGGCUCGUCAAUCAGGCUCUCCAGCGCUGCAAUGCUGAGCAGCGCAAGGUCCUCGACGAGGCCUACGGCCGUAAGGAUGACGCUCUUGAGGCCAAGGUCAAGGCUCUCUACAAGGAGCUAGAUCUCGAGAAGGUCUACCAAGAGUACGAGGAGAAGAUCGUCGGCGAGCUGAAGGAGAAGAUCGCUGCCGUGGAUGAGUCUGGGGGCCUGAAGAAGGAGGUCUUCAACGCCUUCCUCGGCAAGAUCUACAAGCGCUCCAAAUAA